UUUUUAUUUUUGUCUUUAUAUUGUUGCAUUACAUUAUGUAUUAUUUACAAUGCUAUUUGUAGGGAUAUACGUAAAAUGAGCAAUCUUCAGUCACCUUCGAAUUUAUAUGUAGAAUUCGGUGCUUACGUUCAUUUCGCCUAUUAUAUCGGUGUAUACCUUAUACAGCGCUGCCCAAACGAGGCUUGCAACGAGAAUCAGCUUGUAAAUUGGUAUCUUGAACGCUACAGAGGAUUGCUAUCACAGACGGAUGCAAGUUUAAGCAAACUCCAGCUUUUAUACGGGAAGCUUAUCAAUAACCUUCUACGUGACGAAUGUUUAACUGUUUUCGAAGAAACUUCCGAGGGAAGAAUUGUUAAGAAGCAUCCUUCUUUUUUUGUGUGGGCGUGGAGAUCACAAGCUAAAUCGCAUGAGUACAAUGUACUACAUUUAUAGCCUAUAAUGCUAUAACUAUUGAAUU